GAUAUUUGAAGCCACUGCGCUCUCGGGUCUAUUCUCAAUCAGACGGGCAGUCGGUGGGGGCACGUCUGAUUAGAAAUCUACUUUUUAGGGACUCAAUUGACACAUUAAAGGAUUACUUCGCAAGUGACCAAAUAAGGGAACGUGUAGCCUACUCUUCCCUAUGACCAAUAAUUAUUUAUUAUACGAGGUUCCAUACUUUGGACGAGUAUGCUCUUUUUUUACAUUAUUGUGCAAGAGCCUUUAAACAACUUUAAAGGUUUGUGUUUUCUCUGUUUAUAAAAAGUUUCUAAGGUUUUCUAAUAACCUCCGAUUUAGAAAACCUGUCAUCGCAAGGAAAAACGUUCGAUACACAAGUCGCUGCCACACAGCGGGAAUAAGGACAAAAGCAUCUGUACCAACAACACAGGCGGUGUUGCUGCCACACUUCAAAGCGAAAUAACCUGUUAAAUGUGUCAAUGACUUUCAUACAUAUUCUGCUUUGGCUAAGUGAACAGACAUCCUGAGCAAGAACCAACGAAAACUAAUUUGAACUAUUAUGCAUACAUAGUUCAUUUGUAACUGUUUAAGUUAAAGACUCCCUUGAACCACUAGGCUAUUUAUUUUAUAAAGGAAGAAUAACUUUUGUCUGAAGCUCUCCAACCUCUGGUUUCCUCUACACCACGUGUGUUUUUGCUGAGCUUACUGCACAUUUCGUGUUUCUUGACAAGCAAAGCACUACACACGAAGCUGGAGUUACCAUACCAUUGUUCUGUUUUGAAGAGCGGACCCCUUUGUCUUCCACAGCCAAGAUGAGUGUGAACAUCUCCUCGCCCGCCGCGGCACCUACUCGUCCCCUGCGGCUGAAGCGGCUGGAGCUGGACGACCCGCAGGAUGACACGGAAGCGCUGAAAUGCAAGCGUCCCCGGCUGAGCCUUCCACCCUCGUCCCCUGGCCUGGCCCCCUGCCUGAGGCCCCUGAGCCACAGCCCAGACUCCGACCAGCACUGUGUGUCCUGCAUUGGGCCCUACGUCCUGCUAGAACCCACAGAGGGGACAGAGACCUACAGGGCCUUCCACAGGGUUACGGAGCAGGAGUACACCUGCAAGGUGUUCUCUAUGAGGCGGUACCAGGAGUUCAUCGCCCCCUACGUCCGCCUGCUGCCCCACGACAACAUCUGCCGCAUCGCCGAGGUGAUAACAGGCGAGCACAGCGUCUUUGUCUUCUUUCAGCGCAACUACGGCGACAUGCACUCGUACGUGCGCACAUGCAAGCGGCUCCAGGAGGAGGAGGCGGUGCUUCUCUUCCGCCAGAUGGCGGUGGCGGUGGCACACUGUCAUGAGCAUGGGGUGGUCCUGCGCGACCUCAAGCUGCGCAAGUUUGUCUUCGUAGACCAGCAGAGGACCAAGCUUGUUCUUCAGAACCUGGAAGACUCCUGUCUGCUCCACGGGGACGACGACUCUCUUACGGACAAGCACGGCUGCCCAGCCUACGUGGGCCCCGAGAUCCUCAACUCACACCACUCGUACUCAGGGAAGGCUGCUGAUGUCUGGAGCAUGGGCGUGGUGCUGUACACCAUGCUGGUGGGUCGCUACCCGUUCCAGGAUGUGGAACCUGCCGCUCUCUUUAGUAAGAUCCGCCGGGGGACCUUCACAGUGCCAGAGUCGCUCUCGGUGCGGGCUAAGUCGCUGGUGUGCUGCAUGCUGCGUAAAGCACCCUUGGAGAGACUGGAGGCCUCAGAAUUGCUGCUCCACCCGUGGCUGAACUGUUCCAAUAACACAACACCUCCCAACAUGCACCUCAACCCCAGGAACUGCACUGACCAAGUGGUCCCCAACUACACAGAAGAUACUAAGGACACAGGCUGUUUCUAGAAUAAAAAUAAAAAUGUCCUCUGUCCCAGUGAUGCAAGUAGAGCAGUAUCAUCUCCAUAGAGGGACUACUGGUAAUGCAGGGUUUUUUCCUACCUACCUGACACUUAAGAAACAUAACAUAGUCAUAUGGCAUUACAUAUUUCCAAAGUAAACCUCUUAUGCUAAUGUCUAACUGCAGUUUGGUAUCAAAGCAGUCAAAGCUUUGUUAAUCUGUUGUUAGACAUUAGCAUGUAUAGAUUGUGAAGUUGUGCUUUUGAAGAAGUUGUGAACGUGUUAUGCAGGGCCCUUAAUCCAAAUUGUUACCAAAUGUAUUAUAUAGUUCGGUGUCAUGAAACAUGUAUUUGUUUAGGUAGUAACAUUGCGAUUACACAAAGCAGUAACUACUAACUACUGGAUCUCCUGGCCACGUGUAACAGACGCCUCCUUCGAGUUAGAUGUAUAUCUGCUUGUCAAGGGUCCAAUGCAGUUAUUUCCACAUUGCAGUGUAACCUCAAGAAAAGCGCUUUUCAAAAGCUACCCGACUAUUGUCCUUUAACCAAUGUAAAUUGUUUUGUUGACUCAAUGGGAAUAACAGGUGAAAACAGUCCUCGAGAUCCCUUGCCCCAUAUAGAAGCAGACUUUCUAGCAGUAUUCCCUUUUUGCUGGAAGCAGUAAUUUGACCCAUUUUUGAUUGUGAGCAACUCCGUUGGGAACACUAAAUUGAAGCUGUAUACUGAACAAAAAUGUAAACGCAACAAUUUCAAAGAUUUUACUGAGUUACAGUUCAUAGAAGGAAAUCAGUCAACUGAAAUAAAUAAAUUUGUCCCU